UCCCUUAACCAACCUUAGGAACAAAACAACAACUCUGCUUAAAAAUUAUCUCCUUAUUUUACUAAUUUCAAGAUGAAGUUCAGAGGGAAAAUGACGGAUAUUAUAUGCAUUAAGCAGUUUACGAUCAUUGUAAACACUGUGGCAAGAUUAGCCAAAGUGUGCGUGCUGCGCAUCACUCCACAGAAGGUAUUCUUCAUCAUAAAUGAUGGAGGUGCUGUUGGCAGUAGCCCUGCCCUGUGGGCAGAAGUGGAUCAAGGCCAUUUCUUCAAUGAAUUCAACAUGGAGGGAGUUUCGGAGGAAAACAACGAGAUCUUCCUUGAGCUGCAGCCAGAUAAGUUAUCAAGAACUUUGAACUCCCUCAAGUCAUCCCAAUCUGCCCGUAGUGUGAAAAUCAAGUUAACCAGAAAACACAGUCCUUGUUUAACCUUGGAGGCUGAAUUGCCAUCACUCUCUGUACAUGCAAGGCUUGUGGUCCAUGAUGUGCCAGUGCAGCUGAUUCCUCGCCGUCAGUGGCACCUAUACCAUGAGCCAGAAAUGCCAGAGUUCCAAGCUUCCGUCUAUCUGCCUCCCCUCCGUCAGCUGAAGCACGUAAUAGAGCGAAUGAAAACACUGUCCCCUUAUGUAUCCUUAUCAGCAAAUAGAAGAGGGACGCUGGUGGUCGGAGUCACCACAGACACCGUCAAAGUUUCUACUCAUUUCAGGCAUUUACCUAUGCCUGUUUGGGAGGGUCAGGAGGACAACAGGGAGUCAGCACCAGAAGAGCUGCACUCUGCCACAGUGGAUAUCAAGAAGUUAGCACUGUUUCUGCACGGCGAACAGGGAGGUCCUUCUAAGGUUAUAUGUAAUAUUGUAGAAGACCGCACAAUCCACCUGUUCCUCAUAAACGACGAUGUAACACUCCAGUAUUUCCUGCCAGCUGCAACUAAUACGUGAUGUCUUUCAUUCCAUGCACAUGUGUACAUUAAAGCUAUAUUGUUUGGAUAGACUAUUUACUAGUCAGAUUUGUACAUAUUUUUCUACAAAGUUUAAGCACUUAGGUUAUCAUGAAUAGGAUGUAUUUUUUGCUUUUCCGUUUAAAGUUCAUGUGUUAAUGAACUUUCUAUGAUUUGUAUAUUGAUGUACAAUUACAAAUUAACACAUGAAAAGCAGUGUGUUUAUUUUCUGUAAAAUAUGGCAAAGUAUUUAUGAUGGAAGUAUUUUCAAUUCUUCCAAUUGAAAGCCAAGUCAUUAGACUGAAUGAUGACUGAGGGAUGAGUUCUAGCAUGACUGGAUGCUUGAGGUUAUCAUUGAAUACCCAAAGACACAUAAAGAGAAAACUGUGUGUCCUACAUUUGAAAGCUGCUCUGUAAUGAUUUAGCAAAGUUAAUGUUUAUCUUAGGUGCACUAAGUGUAUGUAUAUCUACAACACUUACUGUUAAAAGAAAAGAAAAAAAUCCUGAGUCUACUUUGUGAAGAUUUAAAAAGUAAUUUGUGGAAGAUAGUCCAAGAAGCACCUUUUGUACUAAACCACUCAUUUUAUCUCCAAGUUCAUUCAUUUGUAACCUUACACAUACAAUGCAAGGACAUAAUUUGAGCCACUUGAAAAUAUUAUGCAUAUACAUCCCCACACAUCUAACUCUGCACCAACCCCCACACAGAGUUUGUGAAAGUAACUUUUCAACAUUUUUAGCUUUUGCUAGAGGAUGACGACACCAGCAACAGGGAAAAUAUUCUUAAAAAAUGCAAACAUUUAUUAAUACUUUACAAUGGAUUACAGAAAGUGAGAAGACAUCAAUAACAUUAAGAAUUCAUGAAAGAUACAUCAUUUGGCAUUUGGGUGAUUUCUUUCUUUUCUAAUGGUGAUAACUUUGACACGGUUUUAAGUUUCUCAAAGUACUAUGCAGUAUAAUUAGCCUUUGUUUUGCAAAACAACAGCCUUCCUUUGUAGCAGAAACAUUAUGUAAUCAUGAUUAUUUCAUCAAAGAGCUUUUUUGAUCAUAUAUUUUAAUUCUUGCACUAAAUCUAAAUCAUACAUUUCAAGCCUUGAUUUUACACUUUGGUAACAACAUGUAUAGAUUUGUUAUUAACAUAAUGAAUCUAUAUUUCGAAUCACCUUUGUUUUUUUGUUUUGAGUUAACCCAUUCGCCCCGUAUGCCAAGAAUACGUGCCAUGCCCAUUGUAAUACAAGUUUAUUUAUUGUACUUAUACAUAGAUGGCUCUCCAAGUGCUG